ACGUGCGUGCAGUAUAACAGCACCGGAGUUUUCACUUGCAAAAUGCAUCCUUUUUCACCUUUGUGGCUUUGUAUUGUAUCACAGCAGGUGGCGGUUGAAGCAUCACCGGCUGUAGCAAGUUCUUAACAGUUCUGUAGCAGAGUUAGUUGAAGCAUCACAGCCUGUAGCAAGUUUUUGACAGUUUGUUUUUACUCCUCUGGAUGAUCAUAUGACGUAGUUGGACAUGAGACACAGUGCCAUGUCAUCAUUAUUUUUUUUCUGUGAAUGCAGCUUUGAAAUGGAAACACUUCCUCCUACCUUGCCAUCUGCUUGUGAGCAACCACUUCUGUACGAUGGCACAACCAGAUUGUACAUGUCGUACGUUUGCCCUUAUGCGCAACGUGCAUGGAUCACAAGGAAUUACAAGGGUUUGCAGGAGGAGAUCAAGCUAGUCCCCAUGGACAUGGCAGAUAAGCCAGCAUGGUACAAGAAGGUUUACCCCAAGAACGAGGUGCCAGCCUUGGAGCACAACAAGAAGAUCAUAGGAGAGAGCUUGGAUCUGAUCAGGUACAUAGAUAUCAACUUCGACGGCCCUAAACUGAUCACAAAUGAUCCUCAAAAGCAAAGGUUUGCAGAAGAACUGCUGGGAUAUUCAGAUGCUUUCAACAGGGCGAUGCUCGAAGGACUGAGAUCCAAGGGGCCCGUGAUUGCUGAAGCUGUUGCUGCUCUGGACAAAAUAGACAGCUCCCUAUCAAAAUUUGAUGAUGGUCCUUUCUUCCUAGGUCAAUUCAGUCUGGUGGACAUUGCAUAUGUACCAUUCAUCAACGGAUUUCAGAUAUUUUUUGCUGGCAUAAAGAAUUACGAAAUCACAAAAGGGAGAGUUCACAUACAGAAAUUUAUUGAGGAACUGAACAAGAUUGACGCAUAUACACAGACGAAGCAGGAUCCUGAAGUUCUGCUUGCUCUCACAAAGAAGAAGUUUGGGAUAUAAGGUUUUCACCUCGGCGUUCUGAUGCACAGAUGAAUAAUGAUGAAACGAAGGACCGAAUCUGAUAGUUUUCAGCUCUCUUAAAUGUCUAUACAUAAGGAUGUAUAUUCUUGGUCUGUUGACACUUGGCAGAUUUUCCAUAAGAAUAAUUAGGAUGAGAUCUCAAUAGCUUGUUUGUUGAAUGAUGUGUCGAUAUGUUUUGUUCUCCAGGAUGCAAAGUUACAUACACUUCUAAUAUUUUAUUCAUAAGGCCAGUCUUAGUGAGAGGUUUCAUAA